AGUCUGGGCUCAGGUGAUGCAGGCUCUCACAGGCUCAGCAGGCUCAGCGGCAUCUCUGUUGUUGGAACCAGACACAAUGCAGUGUGGUGAGCUGCAGCAUCCACAGCUGAUCUCCUGCACAAUGACAGAGCUUCACUUCCAACUGUGUCUAUCUGCUCCCAUUGAACCUAAAGAUCUGGAGCACUGACAGGAGCUGGUCGUGGCUUUAAGGCCCAUGUUUCGUCGUAUUUUUAGAAACACAUCGGCUCCUGUUCAGAUAUGCCCUGAAUGUUUAUUUAGAGCUGGUCAAUGAGAUAAAAUGUGUGUUUGUUUUAUAGACAGCAGGUGUGUAGUGGUUGGUGCUGAGGUCAGCCUGGGGUUUCGGUCAGUUUGCGGGUUCUCCUAUAAUAAUGUUUGUCAAAGCUGCCUUUCUUUUGUCAAUUAUCUUCAGACCCAGAGCAACUUACAACUGUGUCCACAUCACUGAAAUUUAUUCCUGGUUUUUCUGUAAGUUUAAGUUUCACUUUUGUCCAAGAACAUUGUAACCCAAUAUCUAUUCAGACGACCUCAUUCUUCUGCACGUUUUACUGCAAAUUCAAAUCGUAUGGCUUUGUAUGGCAAACCUUGAUAUGAUAAUGAUAAUAUUGCAACCCUGACAGGUGUGAAGUUGCAUUAUGAUGGUUUCCCUCACGUGACUGUGAAAACUGUCGCUGAUGAUGUUUAUUCAGAGUAAACUUAAGGUCUAUCGUGAGCUUAGGACAAACUGAGUGGAGAUGUGAGCAGGAUAUUGUUGAGUUAUCCAGAACUGAUGGAAACAUCUGGACAGUGGAGGUUGUGCAUCAUCAAGAGAAUUCUGUCGCACCUGCGUAUUGACUGAGACGAGCGUCCAAAGAUCGGACUCAGAUCAGUGUCGCGCGCCAGCCUGGCCAGUCUCGUGGCGUCGCCGUGCGUGUGUCCAAGCUGGCAAUAAACGGACGAAGGCGGUAACGGGGCCUGGCCCCCCCGGUGGGAGGAGAGGACAGACCCAGCAGGGCGCGGUCUCCUCCCGCCGCACCUUAUCUCUUCUGUAUGUGAUCUCUUCUAUUUCCAUUUGUGCCAACAGCCCUGCGCCACAGGGCCGCGCUGAGGACAAAGCCAGGAGGCGGAAACCGCCGCUGGGACAUCCUUUCGCCACCGUGCCCAGGAGACCGACGGCCUACGCACCGCGCGCCUCCGUGUCUGUCCGUAACCCGUUUCUCACAGCUCUGACACAGGGAGCCGCUUUGAACCUGCCUGCCAAGAUAAACCCACCUCGCCUAUUUAUGUCUCUGCCUCCGCCGGCACUCGGGACAGGAGCGUGGCGGCAGCGCACUGGACAGGUCUCUCCAGCUCGUCUCCAGCGGCGCACGCACCACUUUUACGCGCCGGGAAUGGAGACCUUUCUGGACUCGUGUGUGAGUCCGACUCCAUCACCUCCGCUUUAAAGUUGUCAAGGUAAACUCACGGGAGUGGACACGCUACUAGACAUACAGAGGGGACAGUUCGGCCACCUGGGCAGCCAGGCCGUGACGCACCGGCACCGGGGCGGAAUGCUGCUGCCGACUCUGGUGGCGUGCCUCGCCGGGUGCGUCUUUCUCCUACCGCCGCUCAGCGAGGGCUGCGGCCCGGGUAAAAGCUACGGCAAGAGGCGGCCACCGAGGAAGAUGGUGCCGCUCGCCUACAAGCAGUUCAGCCCCAACGUGGCCGAGAAGACGUUAGGAGCCAGCGGGAGGUACGAAGGGAAAAUAACCCGCAGCUCGGAGCGCUUCAGGGAGCUCACCCCGAAUUACAACCCAGACAUCAUCUUCAAGGAUGAGGAGAACACAGGUGCAGACCGCCUGAUGACGCAGCGCUGCAAAGACAAGCUGAACUCUCUGGCCAUCUCUGUGAUGAACCUGUGGCCCGGGGUCCGGCUGCGGGUCACGGAGGGCUGGGAUGAGGACGGCCACCACUCGGAGGAGUCGCUGCACUACGAGGGCCGAGCGGUGGACAUCACCACAUCAGACCGGGACAGGAGCAAGUACGCCAUGCUGGCUCGACUGGCGGUGGAGGCCGGCUUCGACUGGGUCUACUACGAGUCCAAGGCCCACAUCCACUGCAGCGUCAAGUCAGACCACUCAGUUGCAUCUAAGUCUGGGGGCUGUUUUCCUGGAGAGACCAUGGUCACGUUGGUGCGCAGUGGCCAGAAGCCCAUCUAACCAGGGGACCAAGUGCUAGCAUCAUCAGGCAGCGAGUGCAGCAGUCAACUGCUUUUCAGUGAAGUGCUGACGUUUUUGGACCAUGACCCAGGGACCUGGAAACUUUUCUAUGCCCUGCAGUCACUGUGUGGUAGUCUGCAGCUCUCCCUCACUGCUGCUCACCUGUUAUUUGUAUCCCAGCAGAAUUGCUGGGAAUUGGAGCUGCCGGCUCAUGACACUCUCAGCACGGUAUAUGCCAGUGAUGUCCACCCAGGACAGUGUCUGCUGGCGCCCAAGGGUAAACUGGGACAUGGGCUUAGUGGAGGGCGUCUGCCUUGGAUCACGCAGGCCAGAGAACGGGGGGGCAGGGGGGUUGCACCCUUGACCAUGCAUGGGAGACUGGACGAUGGGGUGGUAGCAUCCUGCUACGCACUGGUGGACCAGCAUUCCCUGUCUCCCUUGGCCUUCUUCCCACUGAGGCUGAUUUACAGCCAGACUGGCACCACCGGACACAACAGAAAGGGGAUCCACUGGUAUUCCCUGCUUUUGCACUGGCAAGGAAGUCUGCUGCUGGCCUCAGAGCAUCUCCACCCACUGGGUGUAGCUCAGAACAACAGGGGAGAUAGGUCCGGUUAAACAGAAAGGAACCUGCACUUGUGGCCCAGUUACAAGCCUGUAAAAAAUGAGAGACAUUCGUAGUCCUGCUGAGAUUUGUUAUUCGAUACAAAACAACAACCACUGAAGUGAAGUAUGUACAAAUCACCUCAGAAACAUUUGGCGACACAUAUUCAUGCAAACAAUAAAACAAUGAUUACAAAAACUAAAAUCCAACCAAAUCCAAGUUAAAUUGAUUUUCAGAUGUUACAGUUAUUAUCAAGCCUAUUUAUAUAAUCAAUUAAAAUAUAUUGUAUUUAUAUUAUUAUUAUUAUCACAAUUUUCACUUGAUUCAUCCAUUAUUUUAAAGUAAUUAAGAUAUUAUGUGAGAGAUAUAAUAUAUAUAUUAUAUAUAACAGAAGAGAUUAUGUUUCACAGUGAAGCCUAGGUGAAUGUUCUGCUCGAUGUAACAUUACUGCUUUAAAACAAGUGUUGUUUGUUGAUCUAACGAUGUUUAUGAUGUUAUUAUGCCUGAAGAUUUGUUGAAAACAUAUUUAUUUUUUAAAAUAAAUUAAAACAUCAUCUGUGUUGCUCCA